UGAGAUACGGCAAGAAACCCUCGUUCUGUUCUACUCAGUCUCAGUGAUUCACUCUCACGGCCAUCUGAGUUGUUUUCUUCUCCAUGGCCGAGUCGGCAACCGAACUCGGUGAGCCCCUGACGGAGCCACAUCCGCCACAACCGAACUCAAAUGGAGCUCCAGAACAACAAAAUCUAACACCUGACCAACUCGUGGCUAAAGCCAUUGCUCCGGUUAAAAAGCAGUUCCUUCGUCCUCCACCCACCAGAACCAUUCAAAGCAAUACCCUUUCAUCAGUAAAUGAUGGAAAUAAACCUUCUCAGUCUUCCACAACUGUUAUCAAGGAAAAGAAAUCUAAACGUCAGCUCAAACGCGAACGCCUUCAGGAAAAAAAAUCUCCGUCAAAUCUCUGUCCUGAGAUAGCUAAAACUGGAGAUGUUAGCUCUUGUGCUUAUAAAGAUAAGUGCCGAUUUAGUCAUGACUUAGAAGCAUUUAACGCUCAGAAACCGGCUGAUUUGGAAGGUGAAUGCCCCUUUUUGAGUUAUGAAGGCCAGUGCCCUUAUGGUUUGGCCUGCAGAUUUUCGGUUACUCAUCGAGGUGGUGUUAGUGAUGGUGAUGGUAAUUCGAAUGCCCAUAAUAAAACCUCUGAGGUUAAUGGAUUGAACAAAGACGUGCAGAAGCUUUUGUGGAGGAAUAAAAUGAAGUUCCCCAAAGCUGAUGUUAGACUAAAAUCUCUGGGGCUUUCGGUUCAUGGGAAGAAUAAGAUGAAAGUGGUGGAGGAUAAGGAGGAAGGAAAUGGAAUAGAUUUGAAAAAUUCUCCUGCCAUUACCAAAAAUGGUUGCACAAAAGUUGGUGGUGACUCAGUUGAUGAAUCUGAGUGUCCAAAUGAAUUUGGAGAGGAUAAUGUUGACGAGAUUUGUGAAACUGCUGAACUUCGGCCCUUAAAGAAAGCAAAAUCUGAAAGUGCUGAAAAUUGUGCUUCUGGGAAAGCAGACAAUUGUGUGGGUGUGUUGGAGGGAGAUUCUGAGAAAUUUCCUGUGCAAGUUGAACCUGCAGCUACAGUUGAUGAUGUACUUGUAGCAACUGAUGGAAGCUUAAGAGUACACCCUCGUGAAAAGAAGCUUAUUGAUUUUAGAGGGAAGCUUUAUCUUGCACCUCUGACCACUGUAGGGAAUCUUCCUUACCGGAGGGUUUGCAAAGUACUGGGAGCAGAUAUAACCUGCGGUGAAAUGGCAAUGUGUACAAAUCUGUUACAGGGUCAAGCUUCAGAAUGGGCUCUCCUGAGACGACAUUCAUCUGAGGAUUUGUUUGGUGUACAGAUAUGCGGGGCAUACCCAGACACUGUUGCACGUACUGUUGAACUUAUUGAACAAGAAUGUAUGGUGGACUUUAUUGAUAUUAAUAUGGGGUGCCCAAUUGAUGUUGUUGUUAACAAAGGGGCCGGGUCAUCUCUUCUCAACAAACCAAUGCGGAUGAAAAGCAUAAUUGAAGCAGCUUCUGGCACUGUGGGAAAACCAAUAACUGUUAAGGUGCGGACAGGUUUCUUUGAAGGGAAAAGCCGUAUUGAUUCAUUAAUUGCUGAUAUUGGCAAAUGGGGAGCUAGUGCAGUGACUGUACACGGUCGAUCACGUCAGCAGCGCUAUAGCAAGCUUGCUGAUUGGGACUACAUAUAUCAUUGUGCUAGAAAGGCACCUAAUGAUCUGCAAGUUCUUGGAAAUGGUGAUAUUUUCUCAUAUUUAGACUGGAACCAGCACAAGGGUGACUGCCCUGAACUGACUUCAUGCAUGAUUGCGCGAGGGGCCCUAAUUAAGCCUUGGAUAUUUACUGAAAUAAAGGAACAGAGGCACUGGGACAUCAGUUCCGGGGAACGAUUAAAUAUCUUGAAGGAUUAUGUACGUUUUGGUCUUCAACAUUGGGGAUCUGACAAGAAAGGAGUGGAAACUACUAGGCAUUUCUUGUUAGAAUGGCUUAGCUAUACAUUUAGAUAUAUACCUGUUGGCCUUUUAGAUGUCAUUCCACAAAGGUUAAACUGGCGUCCGCCCUGCUACUUUGGCCGAGAUGAUCUUGAGACACUAAUGUCAUCUGAUUCUGCUGCUGACUGGAUUCGAAUAUCUGAGAUGUUGCUGGGUAAGGUUCCUGAUGGCUUCACAUUUGCCCCAAAACACAAAUCCAAUGCAUAUGAUCGUGCAGAAAAUGGCUGAGUUUUUGUGCUGUUAAUCAACUUGAAAAUGGUUUCAACCUUUCUAAGUGAUGGCAUGCCACCUUCUAUAAUCGCUGAGCAAUUUUGGGUGUUUUUUAUUAUCAAGAAGAAAAGCAAGGGAGCGUCAAACAUUUGUUUUCAACAUUAAUUAUAAUCUUGAAGGGAAGCAGGGUUGUAUUUCACAUGAAUCAUAAUUUUCUAUAAAUACCUUACUAAAUGUAAUUGCAGUUUUAGGUGGUGGGCAGUGGUUGCUUAAUAGUGCCUGACACAAAAUUGAACAUCUUUUGUCUUUCCCUAAACUUGAAGAGGCUGAUGUUUUAUGCCAUUGAUUUA